AUGUCUCGAAUGUGAGGUGAGAUGAAUGUACCUCUGUUGUCAUUCCCCAUCCCCCCAUUCCUCCAGCUCCCAGUGGUGACCUCUAUUGAUGAGGGUUGUCCUCCUUGGGUUCUUUCUCUCCACCAUUCGCCUACCCCUCCCAUGUGACCAUGGCUAUAUGGCAUGAUUCAUAGUAUUAUGACUAAAUAAAAGAUCUGGGGGGGUUGGGUGUUUUACCUGUCUAUAGGCAGCCAUCCCCCCAUAGCCUUGGAAACACACACAGCCAUCCCCCCAUAGCCUUGGAAACACACACAGCCAUCCCCCCAUAGCCUUGGAAACACACACAGCCAUCCCCCCAUAGCCUUGGAAACACACACAUACACUAGGACCGUCACAUCAGGGGGAGGGGAGGGACUCUCAAUCAAACACACAGCCUCGGACCACUAUGUCAGCUAUGUCAGUCAUCGCCAUUUACAGGGUAGUCCUAAAGAGUGCCAUCAAGACAACAAAAACAGCCAUUAUGGAAAUAUAUUAUACAUGUAAAUGUCUGUUUCAUGAUAGAUAAUUCAUGCAGUGGGAAAUAAUGAAAUAUAUUUGUAUUUUGGUUUCUCUAUUGUACUACUAUCACAGAUUGUCCCAAAUGCCUGCCCACUGGGCACAGAUGUCCAUUUAAUGUUUAUUCCACAUUGGUUCAACGUAAUUUAAUUGAAAUGUUGAUUCAGCCAGUGUGUGCCCAGUGGUUGGGCUCUUCUUAGGUUGUUGUUAUCUUACCAUGCUGAUGCUAGCAGACCUUGACGAUAACAUAAUCUCUCUCUUUUCCUCAAUCUGCUGCCCUCUCCCUGAAAACCAACCUUGUCCUCAUGUGGAAUCCAUCAACAGGUACGUUUCAUUGUGCUUAUUUGUUUCAGGACAUAUUCACAGUCAGUGUAGUCACUCAACCCUCUGUGCUACUAGCUAAUCGUAUAACUAAUACUAAUGUACUUUAGCUACAUAACAUUGAUAUAACAGUAGAUUAGCUUUUUUUGGUAGAAUAACAUUGCUACCACAUCCAUUUAUUUUAUGACAUACUUACUCCAUAACAAUAGAACUGUAACUACGGUAUGUGACUUUAACAUUGUUUAAUGCUGUAGACAUGCUCUUGCUAUAGGCCAAUGUUUUAAUGAACACUCUAACAUCAGUAACAACAACUGCAACAUCUAUCUCUCACCCUCUCUCUCUGUCUAUUUUCUCGCUCUCUCUGGGACUAACAGCAAAGAUCCAGCAGGACUGUAAGUGUUUUUUUUAUUAACACAGUAGGGUCAUUCCAUGAAAUUAGUCCCUUUUGGGAAGUGUAACUAAUUGUAACAUUCUGUCAUAAUGAGCUCAUGUUCAACUUAAUAAUACACGUUUCCCAUCUCAAAAGGUUAAAUAAAUAAAAGACUAUAGUAAUUGCCUAUUAAGUGCCAAAUGAAGUAACAGGGUUGACCGUAACAGGGUUGACCGGAACAGGGUUGACCGGAAACAGGGUUGACAAUUGUAUCUUAAAUUAGCCAUAAAUCCAUUUGUAGCAGGGGCAAUGGAAGCUUGUUGUGUGCAACAUGGAGGUGCAAUUGAAUGCAAGCUUCACAACAACAACAGAAAUGUGUAAAACAUUAGCCUGUCUAUCUAUGGGUAACAGGGUUGACGCGUUAUGCUCGACCCACUCAGUGUUCCACCACAAAAAAACUGAAAAUGGUCAAAAAGAGUAGAACCAGCUCACCUGCUUUUACACUAUGAUUUGACUAUUGUAUGUUCAAUGUUUCUUUUGAACAAAACAUUUGAUGAAUAGUUCGAUCAUAUUAAAACGAGAGUUCAGUUUACAUAACAGGGUUGACCUUAUGAGGGACAGGUUUUUUUAAACUUUAAAAUUAAUUAUUAAUCACAUAAAAUAUCACACUCACAGAGAGUGCACAGAGGGAAAUGCUGAAUUGUUGCACUUUAGCAAGUCUUUUAUUCAUAUUAAAAGUAUUUUCUUCAUAUAUAUAUAUAUACGUAUAUAAUACAGAAAACACGAGAAAUAAGAAAUAAGAGAGGAAGCUAUAUACAGGGUCAGUGCCAGUACCACAUUUACAAUGUGCAGGGAUACUGGAGUAUUUGAGGUAGAUAUGUACAUGUAGGCGGGGAUUAGGAGAAAGUGACUGGUAGCAGGAGAAAUAACAAUAAUAGUAAACAGUAUGGCAGCAAAAUAAGUGGUGUGUGUGUGUGAGAGAGAGAGAGAGUGAGUGCGUGUGUACGCACCACAAGAGUGUCAGUGUAGGCAGGUAGCCUAGCGGUUAAGAGCCGACUAGGUGAAAAAUCUGUUGAUGUGCCCUUGAACAAGGCACUUAACCCUAAUUGCUCCUGUAAGUUGUUGUGUCGAGUAAACGUGGCUAAUUAUGCUGUGAAACCAAGAAGUCCGCUUAUACUGUACUUUGAUUAUACGUUUUAUUUAUAUCACAAGAUUUCAGCAUAAGUUUACAGACGUCUGCAGCAUCUGGAGAACAGUGUCCCAAAAUAAUAUGUCUGUUCUGAUCUUCUUUGUCUCAAACCAGUACUUAUAAUCUUUACCAGGAUAUGGGUGGUUUCCCAUACUGACCAAUCACCUGUCUCCACACAACAGACUUCCUCUGUUCUAUGGGGUGUCCCUCUAAAACUGCUCCUCCUAAAACUGAAUAAACAUCCUCUCAGGUUCCACUUUGAAAACAUUAGCAAAGUCAUAAUCCCUCAGACACUACAAAGUCACUCUGAAUAAGAGCGUCUGAUAGGCGGCUAUACAUGUAAACAGGGCUGAGAGAGAAUACCAUGGCAUUGUUGAAUACUCGUUUCUGAUUGGCUAGAGUGUGCAUUAUUUCCCUAUAAUUCAAUGGCUAUGUUAAAUUAGAUUUUCAUAAUAGCAAGCUAGGACUGAUGGUUUGGUUAACUAAGCUAGCAAGUCUGUUUGUUUGGUUAUUAAGGCAACUACUGUAGCUAUCUAGUAAAGUUGCUAGCUACACUCUUAGAAAAACGGGUCCCAAAAGGGUUCUUCGACUGUCCCCUUAGGAGAACCCUUUUUGGUUCCAGGUAGAACCCUUUUUUUUUUUAUUCCAUGUUAGGCAGUGGCGAUUUUAGCAUGUACUGUACAUGUACAGCGAAAGAAUUCAGAACAUAGGCCGUUCUUACAGCAUUCUCCCUGUACACCAAGUCAGAACUGUAGGAUAAAUAAAGGGGGCAUAUAAGCAGACAAUGAAAGCUCUUACAAUAUUCGAUGAUGACAUUUCUCUAAAACAGGCUAUAGGCACCACCAACAGCUAACAGUUUACUACACAACAUACACUUAGUAUUACUUUCUUAGCUACAGUAUACAUAUCUUCCUGGCAAAUUACAUAAUUUAUGCAGCAGCAUACAAUACAUUUUUGGACUCACCUUGUUGUGCUGUGCUCACUUGAACAGGAAGAUGGCGCGGCGGUCCUUUGUGGGCAAAUUUUGUCAUCAAACUUUGUCAUCAAAGUCUGUCAUUCAUUGUAUUUAUAGUGCUUUCAAGACAACUGGGAACUCUGAAAAAAACAAGGUUGAAUCAUGACAUCCGUGAUCUUCAGGUCGGAGCUCUAGAAAGAGGCCCGAGUUCCUGACUUGGAAUUCCGAGUUGGAUGACCGUUCAAAACGUAUUUUGAAUUCAAUGUGUUUCCAUCGCAUUCUUUUACUCUACCGAUAGUUUUGUCACAAAAACUGUUGCAUUAAAUAGAAAAUGUGCCCACUCUGGUCUUGGCACAUGCUGCGCUCUAGCCAACAGCUCCCAGAUACAGUGCGAGUAGGCUUUGUGGGUAGGCUAGUCCAGGGAUUCCCCCCCUACUGUAGCCUACUGUAGCAAAGUAUAUCAAAGCCUAUACUUUUAACUUUCCAGUGCUAGGCUACUAUUUUUGCCAUGUAAUGUUGUUACUAAAACAAAAUCAGACAACCCCAUAGCAGAAUAGUUAACCAAUUUACCAAGUCGGCUAGUUGUUUUGUGUUCUAUGCGAGAUAAAUGCUCUCAAGGCGCAUUAAAGUUGUGAGAACCAUAGGAGGGAAACAUGUAUUCUGACCAACAGUCAAUGCACAACAAUUCUUAAUGCAAUCGCGGGAAACACUUUGAAAGCAGUUUAGGCCUUUGUUAAAAAAAAGAGGGGGAUCCCAGUUUUACAUUGCUACCAUGUUUAUUUCUCUACUCCUUCUAUUGCGCUUGUGGCAGAGUUUUAUAAAUGCAGUUUUACAACCAGAGUUUCAAGCAUGUUUUUUGUCGCAGCUGAACAACAGAGCUCUUAAAGUGGCAAUUACAUACUUUGUAAUAGAAACACACAAAAAUCUAAUUUUUCGAGUGCAUUAAUAAUUAUUGAUAUAUUCCUAUUUAUAAUAAAAUAAUAAAAAUGAAUAAUAAAAAUAACAAUCAGGACGUUGUGUCCAAUGGGGUAAAUGCAGAUGGACAAAAAACCCAUGAUUCAGCCUAUGAAUUUUAUAGCCACUACGCUUCAUCAGUUGGGCUACAGGUGAUAAUGCUUAUUGCUAAUAGAACAUCUGAUAAUAUAGAGCAGGCAUAGGCUAUAUGCAUGGUCCAAUAUGUUAAAAUAUUUUGUACAUAAUUUUACCAAUAUGUCAUUAGGCCCGUUUCUGGAGGUAUAUAUUAUAUUUUAGAUGGUCUCAGCAUAAUUUUAUGCUCAGAAAUUUUGGAGUAGAAUGUUCUUUUAAAAAGUCACCAGAACUGAGCUUCUCAGUCCUUCUACAUACAAAUUCUCCCAGGGAGGACCACGCACCCCCUAAGCAAGGGGACUGGAAUUGGUCAAACUCGCAGUUUAAUACAUGUACAAAAUUAUCCUCUUUCACUAAAAACAUGGUGAUCAUAACUUUCUUACAUGAAACGGGAGGUUAACUUGGCCCCAGACAAUCGAUCUGAGAUCAACUUAAAUUUCAGUCAUGGGAUUUUUGUUUUGCUUUAACCCCUGGAAACACAAACGGAUGGAUGACUACAGUUGAUAGCUAUUCUAUGCAUUUAAAGUAGUGAAUAACAACAGUUGGGUAACCGCCGGCAACCCCAAAAUGAGGACACAGAGAGAAUAGUGAUGAGCGAUGGAAUUCCCUCCCUAUUUCCCUCUAACAGAACAUUCUCUAUCUUGGCAAGGGAACUUCCGUCAGACUUGGGCUACUCCCUUUAAGACUGCGGUUACUCUGGACAAGAUUUAUGGGGGACACACACACACACUCACACACACACACCCACACACACAAACAGUCGUUCCUCUCUCCCACCUUGGCAAGCAAGCUUCCCUUUUGACUGAGGCUAUUCUGUACAGUGGCUGGGCAAACCGUUUUCUUUGAGGCUGGGCCUGAUUGCUGUGUAGUGUCAGUGCUGAGGCAGAAGGAGCAGAAGGAGCCGCUAGCGCUCAGUGAUCUAGAAGUGGAGCAGGGCAGAGAAACAGCGGGGAAUCAUCUGGCUUAAGUGGGAAAUGAAAUGUGCAUACAAGAGUGAGCACAGCUGUGUUAGGGCCAGAGGGAGGGGAUAAAACACAGAGUCAAUGGAACCAAAUCAUCUACACCAUAGCGCAAUGCUCUCCUUUCCUCCUUCACUCCUCCUGGAUAUGGCCACAGUGUGUGUGAGUGUGAGCGUGUUGGGGGGUUGGGUGUUGUCUGCUGAUGUGUGUUGUCUGGUGCAAUGUCUUUUAUCUCCUAACACUAAACUAACACACCUGAUUCAGCUCAUCAAGGUCUUAUUGUUUAGUUCAUUAGGGUGAACCAGGUGUGUUAUAUUUCUACGCUAGAACAAAAGCCUGCGCACACACACACACACACACACACACACACACACACACACUGCAGCCCUCCAGGAGCAAUGUCGAAGAAUACUUCCAUUGAGGUUGCCUAUUUUAUCUGUAUAUUUUUAGAUGUACAGCACAUGCCUACCAGGGCUAGUGGUAAGUUAGAGGUUCUGAACAUUCUCUCUCUCCUUUGUCUCUCUCUCUCUCUCUCUCUCUCUCUCUCUCUCUCUCUCCUUUGUCUCGCUCUCUCUCCAGUGAAGCAGCCUCCCACCAUCGUGAAACAGUCGUUGAAGGACUACAUUGUUGAUCCCAGAGAUAACAUCAUCAUAGAGUGUGAGGCCAAGGGGAACCCUGUGCCAACGUGAGUUACACACAAAGACCUCUUCUCAUCCCUCCAUCCCUCUCUCUGUCCAUCUAUCGCCUCUCUCAUCCCUCGCUCCUCCACUCAGCUUGUCAUCUCUCAUUUCUUGUACCCUCUCGCCUGCUUUCUCUCUCUCUCUCUCUCUCUCUCUCUCUCUCUCUCUCUGAUUAUAUUUUUUUUUCUUUUUGUUUGUGCUUGUUUUGUUCUCUCUCCAUCCUGCAUGCUUUCCUACACUGUUGUUAUCUCACACUCUAUCCCUCCUUUUCUCCCUGCUGGAGUUGGGUGUCUCCACUUGUUCUCUCUCAUUCUUUCUCGCUCUCAUAGUCACACUCUCCAUCUCCCUUUUUUUUUUUUUUUUGGUCACUCUUCAUCUCCCUUCUCCAUCCGUAUCUGCCCUGGCUGUUAUCCUACCAUGGCCUCGUCUCUCUCUCUCUCUACCUCUCAUCUCCCUCCUCUCUCACCUCUCAUCUCCUCCUCUCCUCUCUCCUCUCUCAUCUACUCCUGCUCUCUCUCCUCUCUCUCUCCCUCCUCUCUCUACCCCCACCCUCGACCUCCUUCUCCCUUCUCUCUCUCUCCCAUCCCUCUCUCCUCUCUCUCUCCUCUCUGACAGUUAUACAGGUUGACAGCCAUUAGUGUGAGCAUGAAUAGGUCAGCACUGCUCGGCCAGGGUGCCAUCCUACCCUCCACCUUGGACCCCAUAAAACCCCCACCUGAAGACCUUGUCAGUAUCCCACCCCAUCGCCUCCACUCCUGCCCCUACCCCAUACCCACCCCACACUUCUAAUUCCUCACUUCUCUUCCCAAACCAUCCUCUACCCCACGACCGGCCAUCCAGCCAUAUUCCCAGCAGAACAAGUGCCCUGCUCUCUAGACCCGACAAGUCUUUCACCUCUCGCCGUCUCCUCUCGUCUACUCUUCUCCUCCACUCCUCCCCUUGUCCCUCCACACCUGGUCAUGCAAUCACAAUAUCUAUGUUUGCUCCGCCUCCUUCUAUCUACCCCUCUACCAUCACUCCUCGACCCCGCCGCCUCAAGCCAUCUCCUCUCCCCUCCCCUCUCGAAACCCCAAAAACUCCCGACUCCCCUGACCCCCUCCUCCUCCCGCUCUCCCAACUCCUCCCCCCGCACCCUACCCCUAAGCCCCUCCUCCUCGACCUCCUCCUCCCCUCUCCUCCUCCGCCUCCUCUCCACGCCCUACCUCACUCCUCUCCCCCUCCCCCCCCUCCUCCUCGCCUCCUCCUCCUCCUCCUCCUCCUCCUCCCCCACACCAACUCACCAGCAGCACACAACUGCAGAGCAGACCCACUGCCCUCCACUGUGCCUCAACCUGAUAUGCCAGCCUGUGUCCCCUUUAAACCAUACUUCUACCUCCGCCUGCUCCCUUCACUCCCCCUCCUCUCUCAUGCCAUCAGAUGGGCCAAUACGGACCCACUUAGACACCCACACCCAUGUGAAGUUACGUAACCAGGCCCUGACCAGCUGAGGACAGUGGUCUCAUUGUUUGUUUCGAGGCACAUUGAGGGUUUACAUAACACACAUUCAUAACAAACACACAAUACACACACAUAAUACACACAUACAAAUGCACACAUACACGCACUCACUCACAUGCCCGCUCUCUCUCUCUCUCUCUCACACACACACACACACACACAAACACACACACACACACACACACACACACACACACAGAAACACACACACACACACUCACACGCACACAGUACACACACCCCUCUCCCUUCAUAGGAAAGUCAUUGUGCUAGAAUAAUGUGCCCAGUUUACUAUUCAUGCUCAUGAAUCAUUCAGAGAGGGAUCACUCACUCAUUCAGUCCCAAUCAGUCCUGUUGGCUCCCAUACAGCCUCCUAGAGAGACACCCAUUGUCCUGCUAUAGUUGUGGUUCUAUGACCCUGGUCCUACAGUCUGCCACAGACAGAACUAUGGGACUGGAGUCUUCUCCGUCUACUCUACUGUAUGAGUAAAUAACAGCGCUAGCAGUUAUGGAACCAAAUGCUGUAUUCAUUCAUUUACCAAUCAGAAGAGCUUCUGAAUACAAAAGCAUUUUGUGUGGUUGCACAGACGCAGAUGAAGUAUUUUACUCCUGGCUCCCUAAAAGCAUUUUCAAAUCAAGAGUCUCCUUUGAAAGUGCUUUUUAUUUCAGGAGUGCUUAGGCUUAAUCUAGGUUUCGUGCAAGAUGCUCAACUACCCCUUAGUGGUUGAGAUAAAGAAGCAUUAGACAGAUGCUUAACAUAACAGACCUGGACCAGCGUCUCAGAGUAGGAGUGCUGAUCUAGGAACAGUUUAGCCUUUUAGAUCAUAAUAAAUAAGAUUGCAUGGACAGAGGGGACCUGAUCCUAGACCAGCACACUUCAUCUGAGAUACUACAUGAAUACGGGUCCAGGACGAAUUCCUGAAGAAUUUUGAGAUUUCUGACAUCACUGACUAACCCUGCUUUAUAAUUCUAGGAUUGACCCCGUUGUUCUGUUCUGUUCUGUUUCCAUGGCAUCUCAGGUUCUCAUGGCGACGGAACGGGAAGUUCUUCAACACGGGGAAGGAUCCACGGGUGACGAUGCGGAAGCGCUCAGGAACGCUGGAGAUCAGCUUCCGUAGCGGAGGGAGGCCAGAGGACUACGAGGGAGAAUACCAGUGUUUUGCCUCCAACGACUUUGGAACGGCGCUGACCAACAAGAUCCUACUACGAGUGUCCAGUGAGGAGACUGUUUAUAUGCACACAUACACGCGCACUCACACACACAAACACACACACACACGCACACACACACACACACACACACACACACACACGCACGCACGCACACACACACACACACACACACACACACACACACACACACACACACACACACACACACACACACACACACACACACACAUUGAUAGACACAAAGAUGUGCAUGGACACAAAAAAUCAAUAGGCUACAUUCUGAAAUGUUUGCAAGUGAAUAUGACUUGUAAUAAGUAUCUAAGACUCUCUCUCUCUCUCUCUCUCUCUCUCUCUCUCUCUCUCUCUCUCUCUCUCUCUCUAACUCUCUCUCUCUCUCUCUCCCUCUGUCAGAGUCUCCUCUGUGGCCUAAGGAGGUGUUGGAGCCAGUGGUAGUGGUUGAGGGAUCUCCCCUGGUCCUGGCCUGUAACCCACCUCCUGGCCUGCCCCCUCCGCACACCUUCUGGAUGAACAGCGGUGAGUCUAGCUCUCUGUCUGACUCUCUGUCUCUCUCUCCCCCUCUCUAUCUAUCUAUCUAUCAUAUCGGUCUAUCACUAUCGAUCUAUCUACGAUCUUCUAUCUAUCUAUCUAUCUACUACUAGCUACGUCUAUCUAUCUAUCUAUUAUCUAUCGAUCUAUCUAUCUAUCUAUCUAUCUAUCUAUCUAUCUAUCUAUCUAUCUAUCUAUACUAUCUUAUCUAUAUCUAUCUAUCUAUCUAUCAUCUUACUGUCUGUCUUUGUCUGUCGUAUGUCUGUCUGUCGUCUCUGACUUUCUGAUCUAGUGUCUAUCUGACUAUCUAUCUAUGUAUCUCUCUCUCAUCUAUCUCUCUCAUUCUUCUCUCUCUUCUCCUUCUUCUUCUCUUCUGUCUGUCUGUGUCUGUCUGUCUGUUCUGUCUGUGUCUGUCUGUUGUCUGUUGUCUGUCUCUGACUCUCUGUGUCUAUCUGACUCUCUCUCUCAUCUCUCUCUCUCUCUCUCUCUCUCUCUCCCCUCUCUCCUCUCUCUCUCUCUCUCUGUCUUGUCUCUGUCUCUGGUCUCUGUCUCUGUCUCUAUCGUCUCUCUAUGUCUAUGUCUCUCUCUGUCUAUCUUUCUCUCACUCUCUCUGACAGUGUCUCUCUAUUUCUCUCUCUGGCUGACUCUCUGUCUGUGUACCUCUCUAUGCCAGUCGUUUGUCCUCUCAGAUGACCUUUCAGCGCUUCUGUUUUGUCACUUGCUCUUUUAGCUCUCUCUCUCGUUCCUGUCUGUCUGUCUGUCUCUCUCUUUCCUGUCUAGAAACCUUUAACACAUUUCACUCUCAAGCCUCUCUCUCUCUCUAUCUCGCUUCCUCUCUCGCUCUCUCUCUCUCUCUCUUCUAUCUCUCUCUCUCUCUCUUCUCUCUUCUCUCUCUCUCUGUGUCUCUGUCAUCUUCGCUAGCGGUGUGUGUUACUGCUGACCCACUGAAAAUAUGUCUGUGUGUCUGUGCAUGCGCGUUUGAAUCUCUGACUCGGCUGGGUAAAGAGCUGAGAGGGCAGAACCCAAGAGACAGCAGAAGCCAUUUUAAGCGCCCAGACUCAAGAGGUCCUUCACAGCUAAUGGUGUCCACUAUACUCUCAUCAGCCAUUCAGUUCAGUUCAGUUCAGUGUCUCAAAUGGCACCCUAAUGCCUAUAUAACGCACUACUUUUGACCAGGGCACAUAGGGCUCUGAUUGAAAGUAGUGCACUAUGUAGGGAAAAGCACACCAUUUGGGAUGCAGAUUUCAUCUUUAUUAAACAUGCUGAGCAUUAGCAAUUGGGCCACUAUAAACAGAAUACAUACAGUUGAUUAGAAAAUACAGUGAUCAUAGUAUUAUAGCACAUUGCCCAUUCACAAUUGCACACCACCACUACAUUAGACCACUGGCUGGGUGAUGAUUGGACCUCGGGCCUCGUCAUGACAACCAGAUUGGUCCGUUCACUCUUCAUGGUUACCGAGUGUGUGAUCAUCUGUCGGGAGCGUCUGUGUGUGUUAGGAGUUAACAUUAACACAGAGCCCCAGAGCGACAAGUCCCAGUGCUACAUCAUCACAGAGGAUGACACACACACCACUAGACUACACUAGACCUGAGCUAGCUGGCACCAUAGAUAUAGAACCCUAGAUAGGAUAUAUUGUCUAUGGCUGGCACCACUGGCUGCAACUGUGUCCAGAUACUGCUUGAGAGGACAGACAUGGUACUCUAUUACAUGUUACAUACACUCAGCCUGGGCCAGUCUAGAUAGAAGGUUAAGCCAAUGAGACCAGAUUACAGUUAGAUGCAGGCUACUCAGCUUGGCCAGUCCAGUGGAUGCCUCUGAAAUUAGAUCAUGUUAUGGUUGAUUAUGAAGCAUGAAGUCUAAAUGAUUUAGUAUCUGUCUCUCUCCCUCCCUCCCUCCCUCCCUCCCUCCCUCCCUCCCUCCCUCCCUCCCUCCCUCCCUCCCUCCCUCCCUCCCUCCCUCCCUCCCUCCCUCCCUCCACAGCCAUGAUGCCUAUAACCCAGGACAGGCGUGUGUCCAUGGGUCUGAAUGGAGACCUGUAUUUCUCUAAUGUGCUGGCUAAAGACUCCCACACAGACUACAGCUGCAACGCCCGCUUCCUCUUCACACACACUAUCCAGCAGAAGAACCCCUUCACACUCAAAGUGCAGACCAGUAAGUAGGCUACACACGCACACAUACGUGCGUGCACGCAGACGCACACACAGACGUACACACGAACACACACACACACACACACACACACACACACACACACACACACACACACACACACACACACACACACACACACACAUACACACACACAUAGGCUUUGAAUGUAGCCAUGGUCUAUUGUUCUGUUCAAAUGGGAUCAUUUACUACCUGGUCAACCAGUGUGCCUCACAUUAUACACUUAGUGUAGACAGUACACUGACCAGGUAAAAGCUAUGAUCCCUUAUUGAUGUCACUUGUUAAAUCCACUUCAAUCAGUGUAGAUGAAGGGGAGAAGACAUGGAUUGUGUAUGUGUGCCAUUCAGAGGGAGAAUGAGCAAGACAAAAGAUUGAAGUGCCUUUGAACGGAGUAUGGUAGUUUUUCACGCUCAACAGUUUCCCGUGUGUAUCAAAAAUGGUCCACCACCCAAAGAAUAUCCAGCCAACUUGACAGAACUGUGGGAAGCAUUGGAGUCAACAUGGGCCAGUAUCCCUGUGGAAACUUUCGACACCUUGUAGAGUCCAUGCUCCGAAGAAUUGAGGCUGUUCUGAGGGCAAAAGGGGCUGCAAUUCAAUAUUAGGAAGGUAUAAUCCCCUGUAGCUCAGUUGGUAGAGCAUGGCGCUUGCUACGCCAGGGUUGUGGGUUCGUUUCCCAUGGUGGGCCAGUAUGAAAAUGUAUGCACUCACUAACUGUAAGUUACUCUGGAUAAGAGCGUCUGCUAAAAUGUAAAAUAAAUGUAUUCCUAAUGUUUUGUACACUCAGUGUAUAUGAGAUAUGAGAUGCCUCCAUCUACAGGUGGCCUGGUGCCAUGACACGUACAAUAUUUCGUCAGGACAUUCUCCUUUGUUCCUCAGUGUGUGCUGUUGUGCCUGUGUUCACUUCCAGCACUGAUUGUCUUCUACGUUUCCUGGAAGCUGCUUUCUUUACAGUUUAUAUUAAAGUUGAUAUCUCUCUUUUUCUGAAGCAGGGAAGAAAGCAGCUCGCCAGUUUCUACUAUUUUCUUAGAGCUGGAAAGGUUAUGUUGUUGUGAGUGUUGGCAUGCAUGCAUGUGCAUACGCGUGUGUCUUUGUGAGUUCUGCAUGCUGACUGCCGUGUGUGUGUUUUCAGAGGAGCCGUUUAAUGACACUUCCUCUGUCAACUCCACUGACCCGUAUGGUGGUGAGUCCAGUCCAGACACACUCUCUUCCUUUUCCUCCCACUCUUCACCCCCAGCAGUACCAUGUCACCCUCAUAACACAGCUACCACCGUAGCCUAGCCUGCUAAUGCUAACCAGUCAGUUGAAUGACUCUGUUAUCAACACAGCUAGCGCCGUAUAGCCUAGCUGGUUAAUCAUUCAGCUCAAUGGAUGUCUUAACAGCACAGCUAGCUAACACAGCUAGCCAUGUAGCCUGCUAAUCAGUCAGCUCAAUGGAUAUGCUAACAACAUAGCUAGCUAACACAGCUAACAACACAGCCUAGCCUCAAUGGAUUUUCUUUCAAUGCUGUUAACAACAUUUUCCCCAGACUGAUAUAGCUUUUUUUUAUAGCAAGCACCUUUAACCUCAACCCUGGCCUGAUACCCAGCCAGCUCAGCCUUACUAAACUCAAUUGAAUUCAAGUGUGGGGUGUUUUAUUUACCCACCCUGCUGUUUUCAAUGACACUCACCCUGACCAAGACCUCUCACUGCCAGAAUACAACAGUGUUGAUUUGCCCAUAAGGUCCUUUAUCCUAGCAUAACCUUCGAAUUCUAUCUUCAGCUGACUCAUUGCAUAUGCAGUAACUCAGCAGCUGUACAGACAAAAGGCCAGUUUGUCCCUUAACUCAACCAAUGUCAAGCCUGACUUUAGAGCACCUCCAAACUAAAUCAGUGGUGACAGUAGAGCUUUGUGGAAUCUUCCUGUGGUACUCUAGAGGCUAGCACUCCACAAAGGGGUUAGAAAGGUCUCCUCUUCCCAAAAGACAUCCUCUUGGUCUCUCUAUCACAUAAGAACACCCUCUCAAAACAGACACACACACAUAUGCAUAUACACACACACACAAACACACACACACACACACACACACACACACACACGCCACCGCUGUAUCUAAUGAAUCGCCCAUCACUUAGAGAAUUGGACUGAGUAAAGCUUCUUCUCCUCUCCUACUGCUUAUCAUAAAGCCCUUAACUCAAGCCAGUUCCACAGUCAGCCCAUAUAGCCAGAGGGGGAACCAGUGGCAUAUGUUCUAGCUACUCUGGCCCUAGGGAGUAGGCCCGGGAGGGACGGCAUGUGUACCUUUGUGAGGCGACUCUCAUAGGAACAAAAUGGGGACAGACCCCAUAACCCCCUAUGGGACGGUCAUGUGGCGGAGGUAUAAAAUAGGGAUUAUCCUAAACCAUGCAUACAAAAAAUAGCAUUUCUAUUCAUGAUAUGUUCAUCAAUAGUUAUAAGCAUGCAAAUGCAAAUGUACACACAUGCACAUUCACACACAGAGAGAGGAUGGGAGUGGGUUGGAGCUGCACCACCUGUCUCUCUUACACACACACACACACACACACACACACACACAUACACACACACACACACACACACACACACACAGUGGUAGUAAGCUUAUCCCUAGUGGCUAGGCCAAGUUUUCCUCUCGGGAUGGCAGUGCACCAUGGGAGGCUCCCCCUCAAGCAGCGCCAUUGGCUACACGUUACCAUGGCUGCACAUUGCCACGGCUAUAAUGUCACUUGUCGCAGUGAUGGCGUACAUAUGUCCUCUGCCAGUUGUCUGUACUAAUCCCUGAGACCCUCUCUCCUCUUCAAGUGUCACUAACAAUAGCACUACCACACUCUGUUUUCAGUGCACUGGAGAUGCUAGCCGCUAACACAUGUUUUAAUCCCAUACAGAUCAGAUCUGCAUCACAAAAGAAGCUAACGCUAAUUGUGCCUGGUUCAUUAUAGCACCAUUACAUUUAGGCUAGUUCUGUUUACUGUGGGCUAACCUUCUAAUUUACUCAACCUAAUGUAUUUAGUGUUUGAUAACACUGACUAUUGGCAUAUAUGUUUUAAUGUGUUUACUGUUUGAUGAAAUGCUGUAUUUAUAUGUGUAUGAGUGUGAGUUAUGAGAUGGUGGGUAAGUAUAAUAUAUAGUAAAUCUAUAAUUAAUUUAAAUGGAUCUGAUGUGGAUUUUGGUGAAGUGCAAUGCAACAAGCAGUUAAGCAGCUCACAGCCACACGUGUGGUACUAUUCCCACUGAUCUAUGUGUAAACACAACAUGCCUCACACAACAUUUAUGCUACAUUAUCUUUAAGAGUAUAAAUCCCUUAAUGACCAAACUAUCAAUCCGACUCAGAGCUCAGAAGGUCUUGGAAGGGAUCCAAACGUUGAAGGGAUUUAACAUCAGCUAAAUCCAUAAGCCAUGCGCUGGUGUUAUUACAUGAAGCACGCCACUGAAAUAUCUGAACUCAGUGGCCCGGAAUACAGUGAGGGAAAAAAGUAUUUGAUCCCCUGCUGAUUUUGUACGUUUGCCCACUGACAAAGACAUGAUCAGUCUAUAAUUUUAAUGGUAGGUUUAUUUGAACAGUGAGAGACAGAAUAACAACAAAAAAAUCCAGAAAAACGCAUGUCAAAAAUGUUAUAAAUUGAUUUGCAUUUCAAUGGCAGAAAUAAGUAUUUGACCCCUCUGCAAAACAUAACUUAGUACUUGGUGGCAAAACCCUUGUUGGCAAUCACAGAGGUCAGACGUUUCUUGUAGUUGGCCACCAGGUUUGCACACAUCUCAGGAGGGAUUUUGUCCCACUCCUCUUUGCAGAUCUUCUCCAAGUCAUUAAGGUUUUGAGGCUGACGUUUGGCAACUCGAACCUUCAGCUCCCUCCACAGAUUUUCUAUGGGAUUAAGGUCUGGAGACUGGCUAGGCCACUCCAGGACUUUAAUGUGCCUCUUUUGAGCCACUCCUUUUUUGCCUUGGCCAUGUGUUUUGGGUCAUUGUCAUGCUGGAAUACCCAUCCACGACCCAUUUUCAAUGCCCUGGCUGAGGGAAGGAGGUUCUCACCCAAGAUUUGACGGUACAUGGCCCCAUCCAUCGUCCCUUUGAUGCGGUGAAGUUGUCCUGUCCCCUUAGCAGAAAAACACCCCCAAAGCAUAAUGUUUCCACCUCCAUGUUUGACGGUGGGGUUGGUGUUCUUGGGGUCAUAGGCAGCAUUCUUCCUCCUCCAAAUACGGUGAGUUGAGUUGAUGCCAAAGAGCUCGAUUUUGGUCUUAUCUGACCACAACACUUUCACCCAGUUCUCCUCUGAAUCAUUCAGAUGUUCAUUGGCAAACUUCAGACGGGCCUGUAUAUGUGCUUUCUUGAGCAGGGGGACCUUGCGGGCGCUGCAGGAUUUCAGUCCUUCACAGCAUAGUGUGUUACCAAUUGUUUUCUUGGUGACUAUGGUCCCAGCUGCUUUGAGAUCAUUGACAAGAUCCACCCGUGUAGUUCUGGGCUGAUUCCUUCACCGUUCUCAUGAUCAUUGCAACUCCACGAGGUGAGAUCUUGCAUGGAGCCCCAGGCCGAGGGAGAUUGACAGUUAUUUUGUGUUUCUUCCAUAUGCGAAUAAUCGCACCAACUGUUGUCACCUUCUCACCAAGCUGCUUGGCGAUGGUCUUGUAGCCCAUUCCAGCCUUGUGUAGGUCUACAAUCUUGUCUCUGACAUCCUUGGAGAGGUCUUUGGUCUUGGCCAUGGUGGAGAGUUUGGAAUCUGAUUGAUUGAUUGCUUCUGUGGACAGGUGUCUUUUAUACAGGUAACAAGCUGAUAUUAGGAGCACUCCCUUUGAGAGUGUGCUCCUAAUCUCAGCUCGUUACCUGUUUAAAAGACACCUGGGAGCCAGAAAUCUUUCUGAUUGAGAGGGGGUCAAAUACUUAUUUCCCUCACUAAAUGCAAAUCAAUUUAUAACAUUUUUGACAUGCUUUUUUCUGGAUUUUUUUGUUGUUAUUCUGUCUCUCACUGUUCAAAUAAACCUACCAUUAAAAUUAUAGACUGAUCAUGUCUUUGUCAGUGGGCAAACGUACAAAAUCAGCAGGGGAUCAAAUACUUUUUUCCCUCACUGUAUGCUCUUUUAAUUAGAUCAAAGGAUUUCCUUCGAAGCAGAGAAGAAAAGGGAAAAAUAAAUAAUAUGUUUCAUCACGCCUGGUUUUGACGUCAGUCAGUCUUUUUUUAUUUAGAGUCUCUGGUCUCGGUUCUCUUAAUUGUGAUUCUCUGGCGGACUGAAAGUGGGAGAUCAAUGUUUAUUUUUUUUCUUCUCUGGUUUAAAUGGCUGCCCUCCAGGGGGGAUGAGAGACAAAGGAACAGUUAACAGGGUGAUAUGGCUACGGAACAAACUGGAAAACAAGCCAAAGCUAAGGGGGGCGACUUAAAGAGAACGAUGAGAACAUUCUACGGAUGUAGAUUAAACGUUUCAUCCGUUUGCUUGGCAGAGACACUGACAUGGAAGCAUGAAAAUAAUAAACCGAUUAGUUUGUGCUCUGUCUCAUUUCGUUAUAAGGGGCUUGUACACCUACGGUGUCGGAAGUGACUCAUGGAUUAAACAUGAACUCCAAUGAUUGUGUUUGAUUAGAAUUAGGAUGAAGGUGAAUGUAUUGUGUGGGUGUGACCAUAGUUGUGUGUGUGUUAACCCCUUCCUCUCCUGUCCCCAGGUCGUAAGGUAGCAGAGACCACCCCUAACUUCCUCUCCCCCACGGGGACUGACAGCUCGAGGAUGGUGAUGAGAGGAGAAAAGCUACAGCUGGAGUGUAUCGCGUCCGGAGUGUGAGUGGCGGAAAUACACACACACACACACACUAUCUUUUUUUCUGGGAAAAGAACACCCAAUCUCACUCCCACCUCUCCCAUCCCACCCCCUAUUCCCUCUCCCAUCUCACCCACUCUUUCCCUCUCAGUCCGACUCCCAGUAUAAAGUGGUUUAAGAAGGGGGGAGACCUGAACCAGAAGGUGAAGCUAGAAAACUUCAAUAAGACUCUGCGUAUCGACAGUGUGUCAGAGGAGGACGCAGGGGAGUACAUGUGUAUGGCCAACAAUCAGAUAGGAAGCAUCCGACACUCCAUCUAUGUCCAGGUUAAAGGUAAGGAGGGGAGGGGUGUGUGUGUGUGCAUGCAUGUGUGUCCCCGUGUGUGUGUGCAUGUGUUUGGCGUGCGUGCGUGUUAAUCUGUUUGGUUGACCAUCUGACCAAUGACAUCUCUUGUACCCAACAGCGGCUCCCUAUUGGCUGGACAAGCCUUCCAAUCUGGUGCUAGCGCCGGAUGAGAAUGGUCGUCUCGUGUGUCGGGCCAAUGGGAACCCCAAACCUCACAUCCAGUGGCUGGUCAACGGAGAGCCUAUCGAGAGCGAUAGUGAGUCCUUCACAACCCAUUCAAUAUCAUUCAUCAGCCAUGGACAUGAUAUCAAAAUAAGCCAACUCAAACCAACUGCUUCCACAGCCAGCCUGUUUUUACAUUUCUCUGUCUCUCUUUUCUCCCCCUUUCCCAGGCUCCUUGCCCAACCCCAGCAGAUCGGUGGUAGGUGACACCAUCAUGUUCCGCUCCGUUCAGAUGGGCAGCAGCGCUGUGUACCAGUGUAAUGCCUCCAAUGACCAUGGUUACCUGCUGGCCAAUGCAUUUGUUAGCAUACUGGGUAAGAAAGAGAGUGGUGAUGAUGAAUAUGAUGAUGAGUGAUGAAGCUAUAAUUAAAUAGGACUAAAUAUGUAAACUAAUUAUGUCUCUCUCUCUCUCUCCCCCUCUCUCUCUGUAGACAUGGCCCCCAGGAUGCUGGGUUCUAAGAACCAGCUAAUAAAGGUGAUAGAGAACAACAGAACCUUCCUGGACUGUCCCUAUUUUGGCUCGCCACUUCCUGAGCUACGCUGGUGAGUUUAGUUUACUUUAUUAGGUUCUCCAUUAGCUGUAGUGCAACAGCUACUCUUCCUGUGGUCCACACAAAACAAAAUGCACACGCUAGUGUGUAUGGAAAGAUAGACCCAGAUAGAAUAGAUACCUUACCUCCUGAGGAGAAAUGAGUGCAAAAAGUUUAAAAGUUGUGUGUGUGUGGGUACGUGUGGAUGUGCGUGUGUGUGUGUGUGUCAGUGGUUGGAACCAAAAUUAUUUUCCAAUCGUUUCGUUCUGAACAGAAGCACAAUUUUUUUUUUCAUUCCGCUCUUCUGACCAGCAAAAUAAAGUUCUCAACUGGUUCGAACCAAAAAAAAGUACUGGUUUAUAUUGUUCCUUUCUGUUCCUUUUUAACAUGUGAAAUCAACCGUUUUUUACAUUUAGCUCAUUCAAUUAAUCAAUCAGCGUGGAUAGAGCAGGCAAGCUAGUUGUUUACAUACGUGAUGGAGAGACAAGUGUAGCGUAGCCUAUGGCGCAAGAUGUGACUGAAAUUUUAUGGGCAGGAAGAGAGCGAGAGGGUUGAGGAGCAGGCUUGAAGCGCUAGGCAUCUUGUUAAGACAUUCAUUAUCUGAAUUAGGUCCACAGAAUUAUACCUAGGAGCGGCUUCUAUGAAGGAACUUUGAAUGUACUUUGAGCUAGCUAGCUAACAAGCUUGAAAACACGUCUUUAAAAACACGUAUUUUAUUUUUGUAGUUAAUAAAUCCAAUGUGAAACGUGAUAACUAGGCCUAUAAUAUCCUUAACUAGCAUUGAAAAAGUGAAUCCAUUCUUCUCUAGCUAAUUAAAAAUCUCUCUCCCUAUCUUCUCACACUUCUAACAUCAGUAUAGUAGCCUGUCCUUCGGAAGGGGGGAGGUGCAGGUAGCCUAAACACACACAUGCGCACACACACUGGCAAAGAUUUUCAGCUUACAGGCAGAUGCUGCAAUAAGUUUCUGAGUGACAGAGUGAGGGCUUUGCACAGGAGCAUUGUUGCGUUUUUUUGUGGGACUAGAAAAAAAUGCCUGCAACGUAAAAUGUAAAAUAACGUUAUUAACCAGUUUCCAUGCUUUUAAAAGAAUGGUUCUGUUCUGGGAACAGUAUGGAUCACUUUCGUUCCCGGUUCCGUUUCUUACCCUGAGUAUUUUCCCCCUCUGUGUGUGUGUCUCUAAAGGUUUAAGAAUGGUCAAGGCAGUGGUCUGGACGGUGGUCACUAUCGGGUCUACAUCAACGGGACCCUAGAGAUCAAGCGUGCGCGGGCUGAGGACCAGGGGACCUACACCUGCGUGGCCAGCAACAUACUGGGCAAGGAGGAGAACCAGGUCCGCCUGGAGGUCAAAGGUUAGAGAGCAACCAAUCACAGCACACCAUCAUUCUUCUUCUUCCUCAGUGCCAAAUAGCCCCUGUGUUGUCGCCAAACAUUUCUAAGUGCCUUAUCAACAACCCCAUGUGGUUUUGGAUUGAAUCUUCCAUCCUCUCUGAAGACUUGUAUCACACCUCAGACCUUUCCUUUCUCAGAGCAGACAACAUUACUUAGAGAUUCGCAUUAGACAUUCAUAUUCUGUAGUGUAUUUAUCAUUCUCAUUCAUCCCAUUUCAAAAUAAAGUGGCCUUAAUAACAUCUCAUAUCAUGAGAAAGUGACUGUUCAUAUGAUUGAGUUGCAGCUGAUCGGAAAUUCCACAAGGCGUUUGUCAGGGAUCAGGGAUGACAUUGGCUUCCCUAUAUAUCCCACUCAUUUUCCCGGAUAUGCAUGCGUGUGUGUUGUUUCCCGGGUGUGUUUCAGAGCCGACACGUAUCGUCAGGGCUCCAGAGCACCAGUCAGCAAUCAGAGGCACCAUGGCUCGUUUUGACUGCCGGGUCAAAUCAGACCUCACCCUGCCUAUCACUGUUACCUGGCUGAAGGAUGACAAGCCCCUCUCCCUGGGAUGGAGGUAAAACCCAUCCCAAAACACAAACAACAACAGUUUUCUAUAACUUUGUUGUCCCCUGUGUGAAGUGUGAUGCAUUGUUUACUAUUGAUCAAUAGUAAGGUAAAGAUAAAGUGUAAUAAUGUUGUAAUAAUGUUGUAAUAAGUGGUAUAGUAAACACCGUUCACGCACCUGUUUUAUUUUUCAUGAGCGUUUACCUAUGGAAGAAAAAAUACAGAAAAAAUAUAGGGAGCCUUACCUUAUUCACUACAAAUGGUGAUUAGUGUUUACCUACCUAUUUUGUUAGCACUGAAUCAUUGGCUGUAAUAGUUAAUCAUUUACAAUAGUUCAAGUACAGUAAUAUUUUCCCUCCCUUGUCUAUGUACUGUAGGUUGAAGAAGGAUGAGGAUUCUCUGUCCAUCCCCAAUGUUCAUGAGGGAGAUGAGGGAACAUACACCUGCACUGUUAAAACAGAGAUUGACCAAGACACUGCCUCAGCACGCCUUACUGUGUUAGGUACACACACACACACACACACACACACACACACACACACACACACACACACACACACACACACUCACACACACACACACACACAAACACUCUCGCCCUACAAAACCCAGCUACAGAAACCGACAGUCUUCCACAUGGAUGUGAAAAUAUUCUACUUUCAUUCAACAAAUCAUCUUCUCAUCAACCCACAUCUUCUUAACAUUGUUGAUAGCCCUGCAUAGAUAACACUAUAAUACAUGAAUGUGACUUGAAAUUGUUGCAUGUUCAAAUGUCACUGAAUUUACUCUCACUAUUGACUACUAUCAGACUGCUGCUACUAAUAGUUGUAUGUAGGCCAUCAGCAUUGGUGGUGGAUCGUACUGCAUGUGUUUCCUGGUCAUGUAGUUGUAGUGCUCCAGCGUGAAAUGUAGGAUCAGUCUCCCCUCCUCCAAUUCUAUCCUUAACCACUAGUGGGGAAAAUGCUAAACUGACCGAAGAUCAGAGUCUAGGGGCAACUUCACCCUACACCAGUUGUAGUACUGUAGUGGAUGGGGUUCCUCCACUGUACUAAUGCUCUGACUAACCUCUAACCUUUAACCUCUGACCUUUACCCCCCCCCCCCCCCCCCCCGCCCCCUCACAGAGGACGCCUCCCUGUCUCCCUCACAGUCUAGUGUCUUGCCUGCAGGUAACAUCCGUGGCCUUUUCUAUCUCUCUCUCUCUCUCUCUCUCUCUCUCUCUCUCUCUCUCUCUCUCUCUCUCUCUCUCUCUCUCUCUCUCUCACUCUCUCUCACUCUCUCACUCUUUCUCUCUCUCUCUCACUCUCUCUUUCUCUCUCUCUCUCUCUCUCGCUCUCUCUCUUUCUCUCUCUCUCUGUUUCUGUCUUUCUAACUUUUUCUCUCUCUCUUCACUCUAAUAAGAAUAACAGUGGUUAGUUUGGAUGCUUCCUCAUGCCAAAGUAAUGAAUGCAGUGUGUAAGAGUAUAAGUAUGCCUAUAACUGAGAGCUGUAUGUAUAUGCACGUGUGUGUGUGCGUGCAUAUACGUGUGUGUGCGUAUCGGUGUGUUCGGGUGCGUGUGUGCGGAUGUGUGUGUCUGUGCACGCAUAUGCACGACCUGGUGUGUGUGUGUCAGUAUGUGUGCAUGCGUGCGUGCAUGAGAGUGUGUGUGUGUGUGUGUGUGUGUGUGUGUGUGAAUGUGUGUACCACCUAACCCCAUGGCCCUUCUGUGUGUAGACCGUCCUGACUCUCCCAUAGACCUGGAGGUGUCUGACCCUGCAGAACGCAGCGUACGACUCACCUGGAUACCUGGAGAUGACCACAACAGCCCCGUCACACGUAAAUACACACGCACGCGUGCACACUUCACAUACAGUAACAGCACACGCAAAUACACUCUCUCGCUCUCUCUCUCUCGUUCAUACACACACACACACACACACACACACACACAUACACAUAGGAACAGCACACGUAAAUACACACACUCUCUCUCUCUCUCUCAUUCAUACACACACACACAAAACUACUCCCCAGUGUAACCCCAAUACAUACGUUCAACCGUUCCAUGGCUUUUCACACCUCUUCCUAACCCCACCUCCCCCCCACCCUCUCUUCCCUGCAGAGUUCCUGGUUCAGUUUGAGGAAGACCGUUGGGAAUCAGGCAAGUGGCAGAACCUGUCUAGUUACCCCGGAGACCUCAACUCUGUCAUCCUGCAGCUCUCUCCUUUCGUCAACUACCAGUUCAGAGUCAUCGCUGUCAAUUCUGUGGGCCAGAGCCGCCCCAGCCACCCCUCGCCACGAUACCAGACCAGCGGAGCCCGUGAGUCAGACACCGGGAGGGAGAGAGGGGCUGGAUGGGGGUAGGGAUAGGGGGUGUUAGGAGGAUGUUGGGCCAGACCCUCACCACAAUAUUAGUGGAGGAUAAUAGAGGGAACAGGGGAGGGUGAAGGGAGGGCAGGUGGGGGUGUCUUAGUCAGGAGUUCUGUUUAUUAUAUUACAGCCAGAGAGAUUACAUUUGUCCUCUGUGUUCCUGUGUGUUUCAGCUCCUGAUGCUAUCCCUAGUGGCCUGAAAGGCUGGGGCACCAAGAAGAACAACAUGGAGAUUAGCUGGGAGGUGAGAGACCGAGAGAGGGUCAUAACAGGGACUGAUGUCACGGUUUCGCCCUUUACCCUUAAUGAACAGCCGUGAUACCCUCAAUGGCAAGGUUGUUUCAGCCAGUAAAAACUACACUAAUGUGUUUGUCUUUUUGUGCUUUCCAGCCCUUGUUGGACACAGAGCGAAACGGCCCUAACCUGCGCUACUCGGUGGGGUGGCGGCGGAAGGAUAUUGGGGAGGAGUGGAGUAAUGUGACUACGGUGGGGGCGAAGCACAUUGUCCACGACACAGAGACCUACGUUCCCUAUGAGAUCAAACUGCAGGCUGUGAAUGACUUUGGACUGGGACCUGAGUCCAACAUCAUCAUAGGAUACUCUGGGGAGGACAGUACGUACACACACAAACCUACAUACACAUGAAGCAAUGUUUCUUUACUAUUCAUAAUAUUUUUUGUAACUAGCAAAUGUUUUCUCUCUCUCUCUCUCUCUCUCUCUCUCUCUCUCUCUCUCUCUCUCUCUCUCUCUCUCUCUCUCUCUCUCUCUCUCUCUGUCUGUCUCUCGCUCACACACACACACACACACACACACACUCGUUCACUCGUCAUGCUGGUGAUCUCCUACCUGUGUCUACCUCCAGAGCCCACAGCCCCUCCCACUGACCUGCGAGUGUCUAAGAUUGACAGCACCAAGGUCAAUGUCCACUGGACCCCGGUAGAUCCCAGCACUGUAUUGGGAGAGUUCAAGGAGUACAGGGUGAGAACUGGAGCCCACUGCACACACACUACACUCCACACACACACACACACACACACACAACCAUGACACACGUGGGCACAGACACAGGCAAACACAGACACACACACACAGACACACAUGUGUACAGAGACAGACAGACAUACACACACACACAACACACGUGGGCACAGAUAGACAGACAGACACACACACAUACGCAAGCAAACAAACAACACACACACACACACCAUGUGUUUCUACCACCCCGUGAUGACAGUGUGUGUGGCCCUCUCUUUCAGCUGUACUACUGGCGUGAGGGCAGCAUGGUGAAGGGUCUGCGUGUGAAUAAAGAGAAGAGGACUAAAGGGUUCUACAGUACCGUGGCCCAGCCUACAGGCAUACUGACAGACCUACAGCCAUACAGCCACUACCGCAUGUCCAUGGUGGUCGCCAACAACCGCUACGAGGGACCGCCUAGCAACCUUGUGGAGUUCCAUACCAAGGAAGGAGGUGAGACAGGGAGAGAGAAGGACAACUCCAACUAUCAUAGCGUGCAUUUGACAAAUGUAUGUUUUUAACAUUGUAACUCACUCUCUCUCCUACACCCACCAACUCUCUCCUUCUUUCUUUCUCUCUCUCCCUCUCUUUCUAUCCCGUUCUCUCUUGAUCUAUCUCCCUCUGUCUCUCUCCCACUCUCCAUCUCGCUUCCUUUCUAUCCUCCCCUCUCUCUUUCCCUCUCUCUUUCCCUCUCUCUUUCCCUCUCUCUUUCCCUCUCUCUCCUGUGUGUGUAGUGCCAGACACUCCAAAGUUCUUUAAGAUCAUCCAGAGGAGUACAGACGCUAUCCACCUGCAGUGGGACAAACCCCUGGAGCCAAACGGCAUUCUGAUUGGAUACAAACUCAACUACCAGACAGGUGAGCCCUUCUGAUUGGAUACACACUCAAAAGAUAGUGAGGUGAGCUCUUCUGAUUGGAUACAUACUCAAAAUACAAUGAGGUGAUCUCUUCUGAUUGGAUACACACUCAAAAGACAGUGAGGUGAGCUCUUCUGAUUGGCUACACAGUCAAGUACCAGAAAGGUGAGCACUUCUGAAUCUCAAUCUCUGAAGCUGGAGACUCUUAUCUCCCUCACUAACUUUAAGCAUCAGUUGUCAGAGCACCUUACCGAUCACUGCACCUGUACACAGCCCAUCUGAAAUUAGCCCACCCAACUACCUCAUCCCCAUAUUGUUAUUUAUUUUGCUCAUUUGCACCCCAGUAUCUCUAUUUGCACAUCAUCUCUUGCACAUCUAUCGUCCCAGUGUUAAUACUAAUUGUAAUUAUUUUGCACUAUGGCCUAUUUAUUGCCUUACCUCCAUAACUUGCUACAUUUGCACACACUGUAUAUAUAUUUUCUGUUGUAUUUUUGUCUUUAUGUUUUGUUUUACCCCAUAUGUAACUCUGUGUUGUUGUUUUUAUCGCACUGCUUUGCUUUAUCUUGGCCAGGUCGCAGUUGUAAAUGAGAACUUGUUCUCAACUGGCUUACCUGGUUAAAUAAAGGUGAAAUACAAUAAAAUAAACACAGUCAAAUGACAGACAGGUUAUCAGUUCAGCGGUAUACACUGCACAAAAGGUCAUUUUAAUCUUAUACAAAUCUAAGCUCAUAUUAGAGAUAACCUUAUGACAAGAGAUGAUGUUAUGACGAUAUGAACGUCACGAUGAUAGACAGUUUAGUGUUGUUACAGUAGCAGCAUGACUGUCACCUGACCAGCUGACUGACUGUGUUGUCUUGUGUGUGUUUUGUAGUGAACGGGUCACGUGUAGGCCGUAUGCAGAUGGAGAGUUUCCUCCCCAACGUGACAGCGUACACACUCCGCCUGCCCGAACGAGCCAUCCGCUACAAGUUCUACCUAGCGGCCCUCACACAGGUGGGAGCAGGGGAGGUCUAUGCUGAGGAGUCUCCACACUUCACCAAUGAGG